UGUUUCAACUUUCGUGAAGGUGAUGUACCAGCUGGCAAGCGUGCGUGAAACAUUCAAAAAUAUUUUGAAGAAAAUCAAAUAGAAAUUUUUGGAGAAAAUUUUGCUUAAAUCAGCUGAGUCAGCAUUAUAUGUUUUGACUGUUGUUGUUUGAUUCGGUGUGGCGUCAGUGAAAAACCUUGAUGACUGUAAACGAAAAAGUCCACCCAACAAUUGUGCGUACUGGUUGGUGGGUAGCGGCGUCGACAAGGCGACUGUGUGCAUGCGUGCUAUUGUGUUUGUGAACCUUUGUCUCGGUGUAAAGUUCUGUCUGUGUCACUUGUGUCGGCAGCGGAGGUGAGGAAGUUAAAGUCGAAUUAAAGGCCGGUCAACUGUAAAUGUAUGUGCAGCGAAGAGUAUAAAGUGAAAUGUGGGAUAUUACAUAAAGAAAAAAUAUUCGUGCGUACUAUGUAUAUAGCAGAUGCUUAAUUGAAAAGCCUUACACAACUUAACAGAGAAAAAAUUAUGUUUAAAUAAUAACAAGUAAUGUGAAAUGUUUAAGGCACGGUCUUGCGAAAAAUAAUAUAUUACAUUAUAAUAAUUGAGUAAUCGAACGGAAAAACGGUUAUGUUGCCCCUUACUGUUGCAAUUUCGGCAACUCAAAAGUGAAAUUUUCGCCAUAAAAGCUUUAACAAAGUACGAACGCGAACAUGUCAGCCACAUCAAAUAUGGAGCAGCCAAGUAAUCAUUGCGAGGCGCAUUUGCUUGCAGCCACUACCGAAAUCGAGGCGCUCAAGCAGGCUCUGCUCGAGAAACAUAGUCAAAUUGUCGCCAUGGAAACAGCAUGCAUACAGGAAACCGAACGACAAGUCGAAUUGGAAGAUAGUGUCAUUGCGUGGCAAGACAAAUAUGAUCGUUUGUAUGAGUCACAUAAACGUGUGCAAAAAGUGAAUCAAAGUUUGGAGGAUAAAUUGCUCAAAUUGGUGGAUCGCAAUACUGGCGAGCGAGCGCAAUUGACCAGCGAUGUUGCCACUUUGAGCGUACGAUUGGCGCAAGCGAAUUUUAAUAUCGCAAAGCUGCAACGGGAAAUCGAACGCUACAAGUCGGAUAUAAAUUUAGCAAUACAACUGUUGCAGUGUAAGCCAGAUAGUUUCAUGCCACAAAAAGUAUCAUCGUUACCGAUUGAUAUACAGUCGAAAGUAUCAGCCUACAUGCGUCUGGAGACUAAUUCACACUCUGAUUCGGAAGGUAGCACUAGCGGCGUCGGCACCGCCACGACAGCUUCCUAUAAAGUGCUUCCAGCAUCAGAUUCACCGCCACCAACCGCGUGCCCCUUUCCGCCAACUGCAAUGGUAUACUCAAUGCGGGGGCUCGACGCUAAACGUACUUCAACGGAUUCCAAUAUGAAUCUCAGCAAUAACAACAAUAGUAAUAACAAUAAUAGCAAUGGCAAUAAUGACAACAACAAUAUCAAGGAGCCACUUCUGAAUAACAACAUAACAGCCACCAAUAAUAAUAGCUGUGAGCCCCACACCGAACUUAAUGCUGAUGUUAUUACGAACAACAACACCAGCAACAGCAACCCCAUAGCAAAUUCAUCGACCCACAGCAAUGAUAAUUCCAACGAUCCCGAUAUGAUUUCACCCAUUAUUAUGGCCAAGUUCCUCGAGGACGAACUGAAGUCGAGUGAAGUGAAACAUUGCGAUACUUGUCAAUGUUCCAAACAGGAUCUCACGGUAUUGGCAGACGUCUCGCGAUCCUAUACAGUUUCCACGCAAACUCCUUUCCAACUGCAGCUCGCCGGCGGUAAUCUUAACGAACCGCUCACACAAUUGUGCCUACGUUGUCAUAGCAAUUUGAACUCACCAUCACGCACCAAUAGUCCCUAUCUGAUGAAAUUGGUGAAAUCCAGUGAUUCGGUGAUUUCGGAAACGAAAAGUUCUGUAUCGGAUCUCAACGAUAUGGAUAAAUUGUUUACACCAGCCAAAAAGGACGAUUUGAUGGUGAAUCCCAUAUUGGGACAUCAUCGUUUGUGUGAUCGUACGGCUGGCAGUGGUGCUUUGCAACAUCAAAACAACAUUGCAGCAGCCAAGUUGAGCACUACGCUACUUUAUCCAACCACACAUUUGGGUACUUACGGGAAUGAAAAGUAUAUGUUGGAGACGAGUAAUAGCCUUGCAGCUGGUAUGCAAGUGAAAAGUGCUUUUCAGCGACGCUUUCUGGAGGGUGGCGGCACUGCUCUGGAGUUACUCAAUGCCGCUAUUGGCAGUGCCAGUGGUAAUGUCACAAUACAAAAUGUUGCCAAGAAGGUGACGGAACAGGUAACACCAAAAUCGGUGGGCAACGAUGAGUUGGAUGACGAGGCGAAACCUUUGCUCAGUGCAAGUUCACAAUCUAAUUUACUGGAUUAUGGUAGAUUAAAAACAAGUGUCGGUAUAGAGUUAGCUGAGUCUGCGAUGGAGCAGCAAAUGAAAUCACCAGCGAGUGUAUGUAGUGCCUCCGAUCCUAAGGAAAAUCUCUUGAAGUCUGCAAUUACCGGCAGCGUGAAUAGUCUGUGGAGCAGAACUAGUAGUUGUGAGGGCGCAAAGAUGUUCGAAACCUUUAAUAGGAAUUUAAUUAAAACCAUCAAGGCUGAAAACCCCAAACACCGUGGACCACGUCUCUGCGCUAUGCGCAUACAACAGAAUGGACAAAGCAAUAUACUGCUAGACAACAUAGAGUCUAUGGAAGCAGUUACGCCCAUUAUUUAUAAACGGCGUGAGCGCCUUUUGGACGAGGAACUAGAUGAUACUAAAGACAUCAUUACUUCCAACACAACAAAUAUUUCGAGCGCAGAAAUAGCAGCAGCGCACAGAGCAGAAGAUGUAGCCGUCGGUUAUACCACGGAUGCAGAAAACGAAAAGUUGGCAGAUGUCAUUAUCAUACAAGCGGAUCCAUUGGAAAAUAAUACCAGUACGCAGGCGCAACGUAACGAAAACGAACUACAAUGCGGAGUGACUGAAAAUGAAGUGGAUCCAAACAGUUGUGUGGUAACAAGUAAUAGCCCAUAUGAACGGUUAGGUGGCGGAGGCGAAGGUAGAGAAAUGUUUACAGCUGAUGAUGAUGCAACUGGUGCAACAGCUACACUUAUAGACCUAACGGAAGCACCCAUUACUGCAAGCGAUUUAACAGCAGCACCAGCGGAUCAAUCGCAUACGGCGCCUGAGGAGACUGCUCGCGUGCAGGAGAAGCGGAACUCGCUGACUUCAAUGUCAAAUGUAACGCCGACGAUCAGCGCAUUGGAUAUGGCGCUUGCGCAGACUGCAUUGGAAGCCACGGGAGCCACUCAAAUGCGCAUCGAACCAGUGAGAACUGUGAGCAGUGUUCAGCAAAUGCAUAAACCAAAGCAUACAAGCAUCUAUCAUUCAUUGCAAAAUGAGUCCAGCUCCAAAACCUCACACAAUUCCAAGUCCUGCACACAGUCGAGCUCGAUAAGUGAUGCUAUUGACAUACAAGAGAGCAUUAUUUUACGGCGCCAACAGCUCAAUCGUGUUGCCGAAUGGGUGCAAAGCAAUACGCAACAACUGGAGCAACAACAACAGCAACAGCAGCAGCAGCAAAAACAACGUAUACAGCAGCAACAACAAGCACUAAACUCGCUGAACAAUUGCGACUCCUCGGGUGGUACAGAUCGACAAUCAUCAUUUUCAACACUAGAUCCACUGGAUUCGGUCUCCAUGGAGAAACUAUCAAUGGAUUCGGGGUAUAAAACUACACCACAACCGCACACAAACGGCUUUCAUCAGCCGUUAGAUGACGCGAAUAAGUCGACCGAAGACUCACUCUCACCGAAAACCGAUACAAACUCUAGUCUUAACAACAACAACUACAAAAAUAGCGCACUUCUCAAUCACUACUCAGCAGACUGCAGCAAUCAACAGGUGACCAUGCAUGUCUAUCCCACAAACACAUAUUUUCGACGCACCACACGUUCCGGCUUGCCUGUGGCUUAUACCACACCCGAUCCGAAUGCGUCCAACACGGAGACGUUCUUAAACAACUACAAUAAUAAUAAUAACAAUAGCGCUUGCAGCACAACACCAACGCUACCCGAUCAGCCCACUUGUGAUAUACUCAACUACAAAUACUAUCCCAGUGAUACGGAUAAGACACGCGCCAUAAGCGCCGAACUCCAUACCACCACUAAGCACGUGGACAUUGCACAAAUGGAGUACAAUGUAAAGCAAUUUCUGCUCAAGCAGAACGAAUGGUCGAUGCGCACCGGCACCACACGUGGCGGCGGUCGAGCCGGCAUCAACACGUCGGCAUCCAACUUGAGCAGCGCCAACUCGCAGGUGACGCUCAGCAGCCAACGUACGCAGACCACAGCGAAGACAUUGCGGCACUUGAAGUUGUUUAGUGGUGUCGGUGUGGGGCCAGGCUUGGGUGCGCGAGUGCAGCCUCCUUUGUUAAAGGACGCGUCUGCUGUGACGGCCGCGGCGGCGGCGGGGUCGUUGAGCAACCGAGAGGAACGAGAGCUUAAAGUGAAGGCGGCGGCGUCGGCGAAUGGCGUCGAAGGUGCGAAAGUAACAGCAGCGGUUGCAGCGAACGCCUUGCCACACAGGACUGAAACGAAUUUAUAAGGAAAUUUAGGGUUUAAACUAUUGUAAUUGCAGCUUAAGCUUAUAUAAAAUAUGCACACAUACUACAAAACAAACCAAAGUACAUACGCAAAUUUACACUAAUAUCUAUAUGUAAUUAACUAGUUUUGUAUUAACGCUGGAUAAGUGCGAGGCUGAGGCAUACGAGCAGGCGCAUGAGCUUGCCAACGGAAGAAAGGAAGCGCUAAAAUAAUUAAGCUUAACUCCAUAAACUCAUCUGAAUAAAAUUUAAUAAUACCAAACAAAUAACGUACAUAUAUAUAAAGUCUGUAUAGAAAGAAGUCUUACUUUAAUGCCCACAUGCAUAAGGAAUUACUACAGAAUGAUAAGGCAGAAAGUAGCGUCUAUGUACAUACACCAUAUGUGGUUAGCGCGUACAAGUAUAUUAGGUAUAAAAAGCGCUUUGAAUACUUAAGGGUAUGCAUUUGUAUAUUUGUAUAUGGGACUUUCUAUAUUCAAGCCAUUCAGGAUUUUGGUGAAACUAUUUGAAGGCGAUAUUAUGCGCUUAGGUGACAUGAAGUAUGAUCAACUAAUCAGCAAUCCUUUAACUCUUCCAUACCUUUUCUGCUUUCUAAGCAGCAUUAUCUUAAAUUUUCACGAUAAAUAUAUCAACAAUUCGAAUCAUAAGUCAUUUAAUUUUAAAAUUUUACUCAUUGAUUUUAGAGACUACGAUUAGGUGGAUUGGGAGUGGCACUGACUUUGCUAUAUGUAAUUGUCACAUCCUUAAAUAUUUAUUGCCGAUUUGUUCAAAAUGCCUUUUAAUACUUCAAAGUGUCAAUGAACUCAUUUAAAGAUCAUCCAAAAUCAUUUGGGGAAUUUUUUAUGUUUUCGGCCUCAAAAUUCAACUGCGUCGUCUUCGCUGCUAACAUAUCUCGCUUUUAGUCCGAAUGGAUAAAAACACUCCAGGUUGAGAAGGAGCUGGUUGCACUUGGAAUCUCCAAUUGGCGCUGUUAUAAACUCGGCUAUAACCGCGCAAGCGGUGUCUACGCCAAUAAAGAAGAAAACUUGCAUCACUCACUAAACUCCCUAAUCAGAGUUUUCGAGGCAAAAAGUUUCCAUACUUGAUAACUGAAGAAAAUCAGCCCUAAUUUUGCUGACUGUUUUGAAAGUUUCAAUUAUUUACUUUCCCUGUUGAAUCUUUGAAUUUUUCGAACACUGACUAAUUGACUAAGCAGGGGUGAGGUGGAUGUUUGACAAUGCAGUUAUGCCUUUAUCGGGCCCAUUGUGAAACCACCGGCACUAAAAUCCCUUCAAUCUAUUAUGUCCUUUCUAAACUACCCUUCGCUCUCGAUGGAGUUCAUCAAUACCAAGAGUUUUAUAUGUGCAAAUUCUGAUAUUACGUAAGUUAGCUAGCUGAUCAAAGAUCGUGGACUACUAUAUGUAGUCCAUUGAGCCAUAAAAAAGAAGAACUCCUGUGUUCGAACUUAUAAAGUAGCAAAACGCUUAGUAGCCAAAACAAAUUUGCAUUGGCGUUUAAUUUCCAUUCCCACCAGCUUAGUAGGUGUGUGAAUGUAUACGCUCCAAAGGGUUUAAGUCUUGACCUACCGAACGCGGGAUAGUCAAGAAGGAAGUGUUGAGUUGUUUCAACC